UUUUCCAUACUCCUGGACUAGCGGCAUAUGAGAAUGCUCCUCCAUGCAACAUCCAGCACAGACCCCCAUCCUAUAACAUGUGCUGCCACACUCACUACUGUAGCAGCAACUCAGCGCCUAAAAAGCACCGUCUUCCUGCUCUCAUGGGCCCCCAGGUCCCCACCAAGCUUGCCAGGGGGUCCUCAGAGGACAUGUCCAAGACCCCAGGCCCUGGUAGAUACAACAGUACAGAUCCAAGUGUCUACCUGCCCAGGCAACCAGCUUUCUCCAUGCUAGGUCGCCAUGGCUUCCCCAACGAUGCCACUCUAAAGCCUGGCCCUGGAACUCGUAACCCUGAGACGGUGAUUGUCCACAAGCCCCGGGCCCCAGCAUUCUCUCUGGGCAUCAGACACACAGAGUUUGUCACCCUACUGGUGGUCAAGGUAGCUGACUACACUAACAUGUUUCUCCAUCAUAUGGGACUAGGCCUAACCAAGGUUGGAUUUAUCUGCAAAACAAACAACUUGAUGAGGUGA